AGUCAGUCAGUCAGUCAGUCGGCAGUUCGAUACUAACGAAAGCGGUCGUCUCGUCCCGGAGAGCUGUGUAGCUAUUUUCGGACUUCCAUCAUCUCGCACGCUCUCGGUGCCGCCAGUGGCUGUGCAAACACCUAAUUACGCUUUCAAGACACGUUCCGUGAAUUUGAAAAGUUGCAAGUCAGGGCGAGCGUGCAAAAAUGAGCGACGAGUGGGCCCUACUGUCCAGAGUGCCGGACAUUCUGGAAGAGUAUAACUACUUGAACACACCCAGGAACGGAGGACCAGUGGUACAGUUUGAAUAUCCCGAAGACUUGAAGAAUCUGGUUGAUUUCACAAUUGACGGCGAUGAACCACGGGAACAAUCCGAUGUAGAGUCGAUAAUUAAGGAUGUUCUUCAUUAUUCAGUGAGAACCGGCCACAGUAACUUUCACAAUCAACUGUUCGCAGGCGUCGAUCCCUACGGAUUGGCUGGAAGCUGGAUCACAGAUGCCCUCAACACAAGCCAGUAUACAUUUGAAGUGGGUCCAGUUUUUACCUUGAUCGAAGAUGCGUUGAUAAAGAAAUGCCUCUCAUUGUUCGGCUUUGAGGAUGGAGACGGAAUCCUUUCGCCAGGGGGUUCCAUAUCGAAUAUGUACGCAAUGGUGGCUGCGAGAUUCAAAGCAUUGCCGGAUGUGAAACGGACUGGUUUGUCGAAUCAGCCUACGUUGGUAGCGUUCACUUCGGAGGAGGCACACUACAGCAUCAAAAAAGCCGUUCACUGGCUAGGAAUAGGAAUCGAUAACUUGGUACUGGUGAAAACAGAUUCUCGAGGUCGUAUGAUCCCGGAGGAGUUGGAGAUGGCGAUCGAGUCCGUUCUUGAGUCGGGAAGAAAGCCGUUUUUCGUAAAUUCGACUGCUGGUACAACCGUGCUGGGAGCAUUCGAUCCGUUUGACCAAAUAGCUGACAUCUGCCAGAAGUACAAUCUCUGGAUGCACGUUGACGGGUGCUUGGGUGGGACCGCCAUCCUUUCAAGUAAAAAUGCGCAUCUUCUAUCAGGUUCGGAACGGGCAGAUUCAUUCGCAUGGAAUCCACACAAAACAUUGGGUGCCCCGUUGCAGUGUUCGAUAUUCAUCCUCAAGCAGAAGGGAUUGUUGCACGAAUGUAAUGCUGCCAAUGCAGAUUAUCUAUUUCAACAGGACAAGUUCUACGACGUAUCGUACGAUACCGGAGACAAAAGUGUUCAGUGUGGCCGGAAGGUAGACGCCUUCAAGAUAUGGUUGAUGUUCAAAGCACGAGGAACAAACGGCUUGCAAACGCUCGUAGACAAUGCUUUCGACUGUGCUCGAUAUUUUACCGAGGAAAUCAGAAACCGACCCGGAUUCCGUCUUCGUUUGGAUGAAUAUCAGUAUACCAACAUUAGUUUCUGGUACAUUCCCAAAAAGCUACGAGUAGAAUUGGAUCAACAGAAUGCAUCUUGGUGGGCUCGUAUCUACGAGAUCACGGCCCAAAUUAAGGAGCGUAUGGUGAAGAAUGGAUCCGUUUUAAUUGGUUAUGUACCUUUACCCCGGAAGAAUAUAGGCAACUUUUUCAGAAUGGUUGUAACCUGUCAUCCAAAGCCAUCUUUCGAUACGAUGAAAUUUGUGAUAGAUGAGAUAGAACGAGUAGGAGAAGAAUUGUGAAUACAAAGGAGGGUUCAAUAACAUGUGUAUUUGAUGAAUAACCUGA